AUGAGGAAAAGAAAGAGAAUUAAUAACAGAAAUCAAAGAGAAAAAGACAGAGAACGAAAGAGGCAGAAGAGACUUGUGCAGUCUCAGUCCACAAAACCACCAGAUGAGCAGAACAUUAAGCCUGCUGUUCCUUGCGGGACAGUUGUUGGAGCUGCCACAGCUCCUCCUGGUAAUUUUCCAGGGCAAGGCUCCAUGGGGUUGCCGCCUUUUGAGGAAAAACCCCUGGCCAGGGUGCAGGCCUCACCUCGAGUGAAAAUGCACUCAAAUGCCCCGAGGUUGUCAUCUCCUCGGGGAAGUCGUCUGCAUGCCCAAAACGGGGCAUUGGCACCGUCCCCUGACUCCCCAGCGUGGGUUUGUACUCCAGCGAGGGUACCUGGGCAUGAUGAUGGCUUUAAGCCUAGCCCAGCAGGUCAGGCGCAGCUGGAAUCCUCUGGGAUGGAGGAUAUCAGCAGUACACUAAAAAAAGAUGAGGGAUAUAAAGACAGUACUCAAACAGUAUUUUUACGUGUCUCAAAUGGAAAUCAAAACAGUUACAAUGUGAAUCAAGAAAUUGAAAAUAAGAAACAGAAGAACAUAGACAAUGUAUGCAAAAAACAAGAAAACGAAGACGUACAUAUGUAUGAGAAUAAAGAGAGAAUGAAUUUUGAGGAUAUUUGUGAAAGGAGGGAGAACAAGAAUUCUGAAAAUGCAUGUGAGAAUGAGAACAUUAAGAGUACACAUGAAAGUCAAGAGAAUAACUGUUCGGUGUAUGUCCAGGGUUCUUUUCACCAGGGAGAUCUAAUGUUUCAAGAAACUGCUGGAACUCAGUGUGUUGCCAACUGUUUAGCAGGGCUAUCUUAUCACAAAGUCAAAAACAGUAAGCACUGGAAUACAAUGGAUAUGAACAAAAUUUUAGUGACUGGUGACGAAUUGUACACUUUCUUGCAAAGAAGCUCAUUUAUAAAUAAUAGGUAUCUCCUUGUAGAGGAAUUACCUGAGGUCUUUGAAUGCUUUGAUCGAUCUUAUGAAUUUAGAGCAAAUGAGACAUUAUCGAGUGUGAUUUUAUCAGACGAUAGAUUAAACUUUGAAGAGUUUGGUGCAUAUUCUCUAGAUGAAGCAUUGCAGAUUGCUUUAACAAAAACUGAUGGAUGUUUUGUAUGCUUUGGUGGAAAUACAUUAUUGAUUGGCAAAUCAGGAGAUGGGUUUUUCACAUUUGACUCUCAUUCUAGAUGUUCAAAAGGCUUGUUAAGUGUGAGUGGGAAAAGCACAAGAAUUCUUUUCCAAGAUAAAUCAGACAUCUCUCUUCAUAUUCAGUCUUUGGCUGUUUCUAUGGGGUAUUCAAAAGAUGUUGAAUGCAAUAUUACUGGGGUACAUUGUAAAAUGAGUAAUAUUUUGGAUGUUAGAUUUCAUGUGCAAAAAUCACAAGAGCAUGCUGGUAGUUUUGUUGAAGAAAUUGUUGAAACUUCAAGCACAUCACAAGAAAUUGACGUUGAUUCAGAAAGUGGAGAUGAGGAUUUGAAUUUUGUUUCUAGUGAGCAUGAACAGUUCUAUUUUGUUCCUCUUGACUCAGACAUGAAAAGAGAAUUAUGUCAAGGGUUAAAUAUUCCUUUCAUGUGCAAUGAAUUUGGAGUUGAGAAUCAUGCAAUUCAAAAGGACCUUGAGAAACCGAUUUCUCAAAAGGAGAUAUUUGGUGAUGGCAAUUGCUUUUUUAGAGCUGUUUCCUAUAAUCUGACAAAUUCAGAGGACUACCAUUAUGUCAUUCGCAGUGCUGUUUGUCAGCACAUGAUUGAAAAUGAAGGUGUGUUCAAACCAUUUUUGAGAACUGGUGAAAGUACUGUUAUGGAACAUCUAGCAUUGUCUUCAAUGUCACAAAAUGGAAAGUGGGCAACAGAAUUAGAAAUCAUAGCAGUAUGCCAUUUGAUGAAUAUUGAUAUUUACACAUAUACCAGAAAUCAUUGGUUGAAAUUUUCACUAAAGGGAAAGAACUCAUCCAUGACAAAGAAAACUGGAGCAAUUUACUUAAAUCAUGAAGCACAGAAUCAUUACAAUGUAGUACUUGAUGUUUGUGAUAAAAAUGUAGAGAUGAGAAGUGAAAGAUUGUUUGAGAGAAGAGCAGUUGCUCCAAAAUAUUCAAUUAAAAAAGAACGAAAUCGUGGGAGAAUGCAAGCAAAGAGACAAAUUUCCUCAGAAAUGAAUAAACCAAAUCCAGUGGAAAAGCGAAAACAAUCAAUGAGAAGAAAGUAUCAAGAAGAUGCUGAAUUUCGAAACAAGAAAUUGUUAACUGCAUACAUCAAAUAUAAGGAAGAUGAUGAAUUUAAAUCUACUGUCAAAGCUAGAAAUCAGGAGAGAUAUGAAAAUGAUGCAUUUCACCGUAGCAAAACAAAGUUGCAAAGCAAAGCCAGAUAUGCUGGAAAUGAAGAGAGUAGAAAGAAAUCAAAAGAUGCAAGUAUUAAAAAGUAUGCUUUGAACAAAGCACACCAAGAAGAUGUAAAAUUUAGGAGCAUACAAAAGUACAAGACUGAUCCUACCCAUAAAGAAAAUUUGAAGCAAAAAAACUCGAGAAAAUACAGAACUGACAGUGUACACAGGGAAGAGAAGAAGAGAAAAGGGAAAGAAAAAUACAAAGAUGAUGAACUCUACAGAGAAAAGCUGAAGAAGAGAAGUAAGGAAAGGUAUAAAACUGAUGAGGAAUAUAAGAGAAAAGUUUGUUAUACACAGAGAUAUAGUGCAAAUAAGAUAUUCAGAGAAAACAUUCUGACAUCUAAAGCGAAAAAGUACAGCACAGAUAACAGUUUUAGGUCAAAAAUUAAGGCAGGAGUUAAGAAACGCUAUCACUUGAGUUCUGAAGCAAAACAAUCGAAGAAAAGGUCGGUCAAACAACACAGAAAAGCAAAACAGAAAAAGUUCGAAAAUGAAGAAACAGUCUUCGAAUUAUUUAAAGAAAAUACUCGAAGAGGCAUCGACUAUGUAUGCUGCUGCUGUCAUCGAUUGUUAUUUGAUAAUCAGGUACAAAAGUGUGAUGAGCAACUGUAUAGUAAGAAUGAAGGCUCAAAACAAGUUUCGAGUUUGUGUGUACAAGAGAAAUAUUUGCAUGAGUGCACAGAAUCCUGUCCAGAAGGUUGUACCAGGUCAAAUUUGUGGAUAUGUUAUACAUGUCAUAGAAAGAUUAUGAGUGGUAAUAUUCCAGCAGAGGCAGCAGUAAAUGAGAUGUAUCUUGAGGAUAUACCACAGGAACUGGCCAAUAUGAAUAGUCUAGAACAGCAUUUAAUUGCUCUGCACAUUCCAUUUAUGAAGGUCAUGGCACUUCCCCAAGGAGGUCAAAGAAAUAUACAUGGACCAGUGGUGUGUGUACCUUCAGACUUGAAAAAAACAACCAGUUUACCACUGAAUCAUGAUGAGGAUUUAUUAUUAAGGGUUAAACUGAAAAGAAAGCUUAGCUACAAAGGAUACUUUGAGUACCAGUUUGUAAAUCCAAGCCACAUAUUUGCAGCUCUUUGUUUUUUAAAGCAAAAUAAUCACUGGUACGAAAAUGUAAAACUAAAUAGAAGCUGGAAUGUUGACACUGAUGAGGAAAAUACAGCAGAAGAAAUAAAUGACAAAACCAUUGAUGAUAAUGAUGAACACCAACAAAUAGCAAUUGAUACUUGUCUGCAGCCCGUGGAUAUUGCCCAGGAGGUUUUGGACCAUUAUUUUGAUGAUAUUUACAACAUUGCGCCUGGAGAAGGACAAAAUCCUGUGCGGAUGUUACAGGAACCAGGAAAUGAGGCUAAAGCGUUUCCCUGUCAUUUCCCUAGUGGAAAAUUUACUUGGAAUGAGGACAGAGAUAUAAGAAUAACACUGUCUAGAUAUUUCAAUAACAGGUUAAUGCAUGCGGAUGGUAGAUUCGCAAAAGAUAGCAAUUACAUAUUCUUCAGUCAGUUUAUGUCAGAAUUGAAUCAGGUCAUUGAAAAAACACAAAUUUCAGUUCGAAAAUCUGUCUCAAAAAUGUCAAAUGGGAAUUUAGUUACUUCGAGCAUGGUACAAGAUCCAGAAACUCUUUCAAGGUUGCUACGAAAUGAUGAGGCAUUAAGGUUUAUGCAGCCGAUAAGGGGAACGCCAGCAUUCUGGUCAUCAGCUCAAAAAGAUCUCUUUGCAAUGCUCCGACAGUUAGGAAUUCCAACCUGGUUUUGCUCCUUCUCCGCUGCGGAACAUAGAUGGAAUGACGCAGUUAAAACGAUAUUAAGACAACAAAAUGAUAACAGAGAUCCAGAAAUGUUGGACUGGUCAGAAAAAAAUGAGGUUUUAAGGAAGAAUCCUGUGACAGUUGCUAGGAUGUUUGAACAUAGGUUCCACGUCUUUCAAAGAGAUGUUAUAUUCUCUCCAGCUGAGCCGAUUGGAAAAAUAAUAGAUUUUUUUCAGAGAGUAGAAUUCCAGCAGAGAGGAUCACCCCACAUGCAUUGUUUGUAUUGGGUUGAAAAUGCACCUAAACUUGACGAGCAUGGGCAACAAGCUGUAUGUGAUUUCAUUGACAAAUAUGUAUCUUGUGUAGUACCAUCUGAAUUCGAGGAUCCAGAGUUGAGGAAUAUUGUCUUGGCAGUUCAACAGCACAGCCGAAAACAUUCAAAAUCUUGUAGAAAAAAAGGAACAGAUUGCAGAUUUAAUUUUCCUCGACCCCCCUCCCAAAGUACAUUUAUAAAUUCACCUUGUGAAGAAGGCGACAUGGAAAAUAACGAAGAUACUAAAUCAAGGAAAUCGUAUGCAAAGGAUAUUUUACUGCGUGUCUGGGAAGAAGUGCAAAACGAAUCAAAUGAAAGUAAAAGUUCAGAAGAAAUUUUCAGCAGCUUGUCUUUGUCUCAGGAACAGUACGAAGAAGCCCAUAGGCUGCUAACGAAAAAAAGAUCUAUCGUUCUUAAAAGAAAUCCAUGUGAACUUUGGAUCAAUCAGUACAAUCCUUGCCUUUUAAAAUGUUGGGAUGCAAACAUGGACAUUCAAUUUGUUUUAGAUCCAUUUAGUUGCAUUGUUUACAUUAUUUCUUACAUUUCAAAGUCUGAAAGAGAAAUGGGGAUGUUACUGAAGCAAACGAAGAUAGAGGCAGAGGAGGGAAAUCUUGAUGCCCGUAAUACUUUAAAGAAAAUUGGGACAGCUUAUUUACACCAUAGAGAAGUCAGUGCACAGGAAGCUGUGUAUCGAGUGUGCAAUUUAAAGAUGAAAGAGUGCUCAAGGAAAGUUGUGUUUGUACCAAUGAAAGAAUGCUCAAGGAAAGUUGUGUUUGUACCAGUAGGUGAAAAUCCGACCCGUCUAAGUAAACCACUCUCUCAAAUAAAAAGACAAAAAGGGGUCGAAAAGGAAAAUGAUGAAGAUGACGAUGAAAACGAGAUUUGGAUGACAAAUAUUAUAGAGAGAUACGAAAACCGGCCAAACAAACCACUUUUUCAUGACAUGUGCUUAGCAGAAUUCUGUUCUGUUUACAGGGUGUUAGCUAAGUCUCAGGUUCCCAAAACUCAAAAUGAAAAUGUGUUCGAAUUGCAAAAUUCAAAAGGAUAUAUUCAAAAAAGGACACGGACAAAACCAGCUGUUAUAAGGUAUCCGAGGUUCAAUGCUGAAAAAAUGCCUGAAAAAUAUUAUCGGUCUCUAUUACAGCUCUUUCUUCCACAUUGGAAUGAGGCACAAUUAAAACCCCCUGGAUUUGAAUUAUAUGAGUCAUUUUAUGAAAACGGUCACGUUAGAAUCAAAGGAAAAAGAAAUGUCCAGUCUGUCAAAUCAAUAGUUGACUUGCACCAUGCACAAUAUGCAAGGAAUGAAGAUGUAAUCACGGAAGCUCAAGAGAUGUUCGAAAACAUCGGAGAACCUGAAGAUGCUUGGGCAACUCUCUGUCCAGAGUCAGAAGCAUUAAGACAGGAAAAUACUAUAGAAAAAAAUAAAGUGAACACCGUGGACGAACAUCUUCCAGAAGCAAUUCCUGAUAUACAGACUCAGACAAAUCAUGAUGCGCUCUUUCAAAUUCAACAAAAUAAGCAUUCUAAGAAUGAUAUUUUACCAAUCCUGCAAAGUCUAAAUGAAACUCAGAAGGAGAUAUUUUACCACAUACGCGACUGGUGCUUAAGCAAAGUUGCUGGGGACAAGCCAGAUCCGGUGCAUAUUUUCAUAACUGGAGGAGCAGGAACAGGAAAGAGCCAUGUCAUCAAGGCUAUAGAAUAUGAGGCAUCUCGAAUAUUUUCUCGGACAUUGUCUUCACCUGAUAGUGUAUCAGUGCUCCUAACAGCUUUCACAGGAACAGCUGCAUUCAACAUAGGUGGAAACACCAUUCAUCAUGUGUUUUCCCUGACUAAAUAUUUGCCACUACCAUACCAACCUCUGAAAGAACAGAGUCUAAGUGAAAUAAGGAUGCAUCUGAGAGACUUGCAGAUUCUCGUAAUAGAUGAAGUUUCAAUGGUUUACAAGAGACUUCUUUAUUACAUUCAUGAAAGACUGGUCCAAAUAAAGAAAUGCAAAGAGCCAUUUGGCGGUGUAAGCAUUAUUGCCCUGGGUGACUUUUAUCAGCUUCCACCCGUAAAACAACGGAAAGAUGAACGGCUAUUUAAAGAAAAUACCUCAUAUCCUGUUGACUAUUGGAGGGACUUUUUCAAGGUUGUUGAACUGAAUGAAAUAAUGAGGCAGCGGGAAGAUAUACCCUUUGCGAACGCUUUGAACUCUCUUCGGAUUCGUGAAGCAGACCAGCCUUUAACAAGUGAAGCACAAGCUCUCAUACAUGAUUGUAUAAGAGAGGGACCAGAAGAUGCUCUACAUGUGUACCCAACAAAUGAUGAAGUAAAUAAUUAUAACCUCUCAAUGUUGAAGAAAAGCUGCAAAGAUCUAAAAGAGAUUGAAGCAAAGGAUUUCCAAAAAAAUGCAACAAGCGGAAAACUGGUUUUAAGAGAGAAACCGCUUAGAAGCUUAAAAACAGAUAAUCUUAGCAGUACUCUGCUUAUGGCUGUGAAUGCAAGGGUGAUGUUAACAAGAAAUUGUGAUGUAGAAGAUGGGCUGGUGAAUGGAGUAAUGGGAUACAUAACUCACUUUGUGUAUGACCAAAACUCAACCAAUAUUACAGCGAUAGGAGUAAAAUUUGACAACAAGAAUGUUGGUAAGAAAUCUGGUAAAAGAAUACAGAAAGGAAGCGUCUUGGUUCACAGAGUUCAGGAAGAGAUUAUUGAAAAGAAAUUAAAGACAGUUGUGAGACAUCAGUUCCCCUUAAGGCUAUCCUGGGCAUGUACAGCUCAUAAGGUUCAGGGAAUGACAGUUGAAAAGGUGGUGGUCAAUUUAGACCGAAUGUUUUCACCAGGACAAGCAUAUGUUGCUCUGACAAGAGUAACAUCGAAAAAUGGAUUAUUUAUUGAAACCGAUAACGCUGAAGCCUUGCAGAAAAAAGUGUAUGCUGAUUCAGAAGUGAAAAUUGCCUUAGCUGAAAUGGCCAGAGUACAGCUUACAAAAUUUUCCACGAAACUAUUGCACUCGAAUAGCAUUAUUCUUCAUAAUGUCCAAAGUUUAAAUGGCCAUUUUGCAGAUUUGCAGAACGACUUUCGUUUCAGAGGAGCACAAUUCGUAUGCCUGACUGAAACAUGGUUAAGAUCUGAUCAAAGCUUAGCACAAUUUGAUAUGGAUGGAUUUUCCUUGUAUCAUACAUCUAGAAGAGAUGCAUAUGAUGAGAGCAAUGAACAAGUACAAAAACUCCGUGAUGCAAAAGGAGGAGGUGUGGCACUAUACAUCAAUCAAAGUCCGAAUAGGAAAAUUGUCAGUCAACUGCCAGAAAAGAAUGUAGAGGGUAUGGCAGUAACUUUAGUCGAAAGAGAUAUGGUUGUUAUUACUUUGUAUCGCCCAAGUACUCUCAACGUCUCUUACUUUCUGGAACGGCUCCAUAAGCUAAUAGAAUAUUAUAAAUUAUGCAACAAACAUAUAAUUUUUGUUGGAGAUUUCAAUGAAGAUGCAAAAUCUGCAGGUCCUAUUCAGAGCUUCAUGAUGAAACAAGGUUUCAGGCAAUUUGUCAAUUUCUACACAACAGAAAACAGUACCAUUCUCGAUCAUGUCUAUGCAUCUGAAGGCAUUCAAGUUGAAGUGCAGAGGCUGCCAACAUAUUACAGUUACCACGAUGCCCUCAUCAUAACAAUCGUAACAGAAAAUUCAUGA